GAGGGCGCGUGGGGCGCGGCUUCGCGGUGGCUGAGUGGCGGUACCCCGGGCCGAGGGGCAGCUGGGCCGAUGAGACCGCCGCUUUUCGGGGCCCUGUAGAGGUUGCUCAAAGAGAGAAGCACGGACCGGUUCCGAGCUCUCCGGACCGCCCGCGGGGAACAACCUGCGCGCGGGGCCGAGGGAGGGACGGCGAGGCCGCGGAGAGGAAGUUGCAAUGGCAAGGAAUUUAUCUGUAAUCUUGAUCCUGACCUUCACCUUGUCAGUCACAAAUCCACUUCAUGAACUAGAACCAGCAACUGCUUUCCCUCAGACCACUGAGAAAGUUAUUCCAAAUUGGGAAUCUGGCAUUAACGUUGACUUGGCAGUUACCACACGACAGCAUCAUCUACAGCAGCUUUUCCGUCGCUAUGGAGAAAAUAAUUCCUUGUCAGUUGAAGGGUUCAGAAAAUUGCUUCAAAAUAUAGGCAUAGAUAAAAUUAAGAGAAUCCAUAUACACCAUGACCACGAGCAUCACUCUGACCAUGAUCAUCACUCUCACCAUAAUCAUGCUGCUUCCGGUAAAAGUAAUCGGAAAGGUCUUUGUCCAGACCGUGACUUGGAGAGUUCAGGUAAAGAUCUUAGAAACACCCAGGGGAAAGGAUCUCACCGAUCAGAACAUGCCAAUGCUAGAAGGAAUGUUUUCAUCAAAGAUGGUGUUGCUGCUAGUGAAGUGACCUCAACUGUAUAUAACGCUGUCUCUGAAGGAACUCACUUUCUAGAGACAAUAGAAACUCCAAAACCCGGAAAACUUCUCUCCAAAGACGUGAGCAGUUCCACUCCACCCAGUAUCACAGGAAAAAGCCGGAUGAGCCGGCCGGCUAGUAGGAAAACGAAUGACUCUGUGAGUGAGCCCAGAAAAGGCUUUAUGUAUUCCAGAAACACAAAUGAGAAUACUCAGGAGUGUUUCAACGCGUCAAAGCUGCUCACGUCUCAUGGCAUGGGCAUCCAGGUCCCGCUGAAUGCAACAGAGUUCAACUACCUCUGCCCAGCCAUCAUCAAUCAAAUUGAUGCCAGAUCGUGUCUGAUUCAUACAACAAGUGAAAAGAAAGCCGAAAUCCCUCCAAAGACCUAUUCUUUACAAAUAGCCUGGGUUGGUGGCUUUAUAGCCAUUUCCAUCAUCAGUUUCCUGUCUUUGCUGGGUGUUAUCUUAGUGCCACUCAUGAAUCGGGUGUUUUUCAAAUUUCUCCUAAGUUUCCUUGUGGCAUUGGCUGUUGGGACAUUGAGUGGUGAUGCUUUUUUACACCUUCUUCCACAUUCUCAUGCAAGUCACCACCAUAGUCACAGCCAUGAAGACCCAGCAAUGGAAAUGAAGAGAGGGCCACUUUUCAGUCAUCUGUCCUCUCAAAACAUAGAAGAAGGUACCUAUUUUGAUUCCACGUGGAAGGGUUUGACAGCUCUAGGAGGCUUGUAUUUCAUGUUUCUUGUUGAACACGUACUCACAUUGAUCAAGCAAUUUAAAGAUAAGAAGAAAAAGAAUCAGAAAAAACCUGAAAAUGAUGAUGACGUGGAGAUUAAGAAGCAGUUGUCCAAGUAUGAAUCUCAACUUUCAACAAAUGAGGAGAAAGUGGAUGCAGAUGAUCGACCUGAAGGCUAUUUACGAGCAGACUCACAAGAGCCCUCCCACUUUGAUUCUCAACAGCCAGCAAUCUUGGAAGAAGAAGAGGUCAUGAUAGCUCAUGCUCAUCCACAAGAAGUCUACAAUGAAUAUGUACCCAGAGGGUGCAAGAAUAAAUGCCAUUCGCAUUUCCAUGAUACACUCGGCCAGUCAGACGAUCUCAUUCACCACCAUCAUGAUUACCAUCAUAUUCUCCAUCACCACCACCACCAAAACCACCACCCCCACAGUCACAGUCAGCGCUAUUCUCGGGAGGAGCUGAAAGAUGCUGGCAUCGCCACAUUGGCCUGGAUGGUGAUAAUGGGCGACGGCCUGCACAAUUUCAGCGAUGGCCUAGCAAUUGGUGCUGCCUUUACUGAAGGUUUAUCAAGUGGUUUAAGUACUUCUGUUGCCGUGUUUUGUCACGAGUUGCCUCAUGAACUAGGUGACUUUGCUGUUUUACUAAAGGCUGGCAUGACUGUUAAGCAGGCUGUUCUUUAUAAUGCUUUGUCAGCCAUGCUGGCAUAUCUUGGAAUGGCAACAGGAAUUUUCAUUGGUCAUUAUGCUGAAAAUGUUUCUAUGUGGAUCUUUGCACUUACUGCUGGCUUAUUCAUGUAUGUUGCUCUGGUUGAUAUGGUACCUGAGAUGCUGCAUAAUGAUGCUAGUGACCAUGGAUGUAGCCGCUGGGGAUAUUUCUUUUUACAGAAUGCUGGGAUUCUUUUGGGUUUUGGAAUUAUGUUGCUUAUUUCCAUAUUUGAACAUAAAAUUGUGUUUCGUAUAAAUUUCUAAUAGGGUAUAGAUGCUAGAGUAGCUUAAAAAACAUUGAUGUUUAUAGUUUGAAUAGGUCAUAGGGAGAUGAGAGUUUGUACCCUGUGGUAUGCAGCAUUUAAGGUUAGUGGAUUUUGUGAUUUUUGUAUUGGAUAUUGCCAUUUAUUAUGCUCAUAAGGUCAGUUAUGGUGGUAACAUAAAGAUACGUUUUUAUAUUUAAGUUAUUCUACUUUGGGAAUAUAAGCUAUAUGUGCAAUUUACCAGUUUUGCCAGUUUAUUGUAUAAACACGAGAUUUGGCAUGACAUGUUCUGUAUAUUUCAGGAAAAUGUCUUUAAUGCUUUUUCUUAGAUCUAAUUUAAUACAGUAAUUCCCAUGCUGGAUUUUAGGCCCCUGAACAACUGCUGGUGUUUAGGAGUCAGAACACGCACAAAGCCUAAGAUACCCAUAAAGCUUGAACUGAAUUUAACCUAAGAAUGAGGAGAAAAAGACAAGAAUCUGUAAGAAUUAAGAAGGCAUAGAUUUCUUACAAAAAAAUCACAAAACUGGUUAUAAAAUAGAAGGGGAAAAUUUAGAUUUAAAUUAAAAAGGCGAUUAGUAUAGAGUACAUUCAUAAACCUUUUUCUCAGAGUGUUAAUGUUCCCGUAAAACCACAGUGAGCACUUUUUAGUAAUUUAGGUGUACAUUUAACUUUGUAUAAUGGGGAAGUCUAAAUAUAUUUAAUGAAUUCAAGCAAUAUAUCACUUGACCAAGAAAUUGGAAUUUUAAAAUAUUUGUGUGGAGAUAUCCAUGUGAGUAUGAGUAAGUUUCUCUAUUUCCAGAAGACUUGGAUAUCCCCAAGUUGUGUAUCACCCGAGGUUAUGUGAUUGGAUGUCUGGUUAUGCGGUUUACCAAAUGUGAGCGUAUUAGAACUUUGAGAUAUAUAAGGACAUUAAAACCACACUGGGUAUAACUUAAUUACUUGGAUUCAGAAAGUACUUUCGUCUCUUUCAGUGCUUCAGUAUUGUCAUUGUGAGCAAUUGUCAUUUUUAUAUAUAGUACUUUAGACAUACUAGGGCUGUUUGUGGCGUUCUCUAGAUGUUGCUUUUCUACAAAAUAAAUUCCCCAUGUCACCUUGA